GUGACUUGCACCAUGACUUGCACUAUUCAGCAAGAAUGUCCUUUCGCUUUCCUUGAGGGCGCAUAUGUCGUCUACCGCACCAAUUCCGUGACGCAACCCAUCCAGAUGGAGCAAAAGUUUGACCUUGACUCUGGCGAGCCGCGAAACUCGACGAGGCUGUUUCCCAACAACGCCCACGACCCGUUUUCUCGGUUUUGGAAUAGCGACGAAAAGGGGACGCGGACUCUUUCCUCGGAAGUCUGGGAGCUGCGAUCCAACUACGAGCUCGUCCCCGAAUUGCUCACCUCAAUGCAGCUCUCACGAUUCGGUACCGGUCUUUCAUACGAGAUAAAAACGACCUAUGUAGACUAUGGUGUCGGCGUAAAUUCGUGUCGUCAUGGGCCAAAGCGCGAUGCAGUGGUGAAAUUCGCUGAUGAUGUGCAUACCUUUCUGGUCGGGAAAGGAUUCAAUGUUCCAUGUCUCAUUGUCGAAACGAUGCACUGGCGGUAG